AGCUUCUUCUCUGUAUAACAGUGUAGCUGUCUGUAGGGUCUUGCUCUGUUUGGUAGUUCAGGGUAGGAGGAUAAAAUGCACACAAUAGCCAAAAGCUGUGUCCCACUGCUGUUGUUGCAAUUACUAACCUCUGUAAAAUGCCAAGACUGUACGCUUGAAAAGUUUUUAAAAAGUCGUCACUUUGAUCGCAAUUUUGACAUAAGUGGUUUGGAAGCCACUUAUGCUGGAGGAAAACAAGUGAGAGUUCCCUGCAAUGUUGGCUACACUGGCUUUUUCAAGCUGAUCUGUUCUGAGGGGGACUGGACGGCAGUGGGCAAACCAUGCCAACCAAAAUCAUGCGGCCACCCCGGGGAUGGUCAGUUUUCGGAUUUUCGCCUCGAGGACGGAGAUGAUUUUGUGUUUGGCUCAACAGUUGUUUAUGAAUGCCACAGAGGUUAUCACAUGGUCAGUCGGUCAAACCGCAGGCGUUGCACGACAAAUGGCUGGGAUGGUAACAUUCCAGUCUGUGAAGCCACUCAGUGUCCAGUUCUUCAUGUGGACAACAAUGUCCAGGUGUUAGGUGAUCCAGAAGAAGCCACCUCUGGCAACGUUGUUCGUUUCAGCUGCAAGUCAUCUGAUGAAAUAUUGGAUGGGUCACUUGAGAUUUAUUGCAAGGAUGAAGGAGAGUGGAGUGGCCCAGUUCCAAAAUGCAAAGCAAUAAGAUGUACCGUCCCUCAGAUUGAACACGGCAGUGUCCCUACUGGCCCUCGAGAGUACAAAGAAAAUGAAGUCUUAAAUUUUAGGUGUGAUGCUACUUAUAAACGGGCUGAUGACAGACCUCCAAGAUGCACAAAAUUUGCAGGAAAAGCAGAUUGGAACCCCACACCUGCUUGUAAACCAAUACAAUGUGAGCUGAUUCUGCCACCACCCACUGGGACAACAUAUGACCCUCCAAACAGAAAUGUGUUUUUACCCGGAGAAAUGCUGAGAGUCUUAUGUGGGGAGAAACACUGGAUUCUGGACGCUCAAACAAGAGAGUCCGAUGUUACUUGCAAUUACAAUGGAGUCUGGAACGCGCGUACUGAAUGCCAAGAGGUUAAAUGCCCGGCAUACAUUGAAGAAGACCAUUUGUAUUACAGUGUUAGCGCUUGGGGAAGAAAUAAAUUAGGUGACAGAGUAACAUAUGACUGUAGCUGGGGCUACCAGACUGCAACUGCAGAUAAGACAGCGACAUGUACCAGAGAAGGCUGGACACCAAAACCACUUUGCAGAGCGAAACAGUGUCAAAGACCUGACAUUGUAAAUGGCAGAAUUACUGGUAAUAAAAGAAAGUAUGGUAACGGUGAACAACUCACAUACGAGUGUGUGGGAGGGAAUCCAAACUCUGUUACCAUCACCUGUGAGCGAGGUGCCUGGCAAGGGAUACGGCCAUGUCCAGGAAAGAGGGAUUGUGACAAACCUGAAAUUCCAAAUGGAUUUGCAGUUGGUCCUCUUGAAGAUAAAUUGUACUAUUCCUGUAAUGAAAAUUUCAAACUUCCUACCAAAAGCUGGUGGGGUGAGGCCACAUGUAAGGACGGUGCGUGGGACGAACUUCAUUCAUGUAUAGCUAAAAGCAUGUGUGGAGAAGCUCCUCUGAUUUCCAAUGGAAGAGUGAUUGUUCAAAAUAGACGUGCAAAGAUAGAGUGCAAUGAAGGUUACGCUCCUGAGGCUCAGGAACUAACUUGUGAAAAUGGACGAUGGAGUUUUGAUCAAUUUUCAGCAAAAACAAUCUGUCGCGCUACUGCUAAACACUGUGGCCCACCACCCAAAGUUGAGAAUGCCAUCGUCACUGUGCCGUAUCAGAAGGAAUACUUGGACAAUCACUCUGUGACUUAUCAGUGCCGUGAAAAGUAUAAAAUAGAGCAAGAAGCCUCCAUCACAUGCAGAGAUGGCAAAUGGGAAAGCAAGAACAUCAAGUGUAUCCAAUGGUGUGAAAAGCUCAGUGAUUCCCGACUGACAGUUGAGACAGCCAUGGAGAAAGAAGAAUAUAGCGAGGGAGAAGUGAUUCCAUAUAUGUGCACUGCUCCCGGUGUAACGGCAGGGGGCAACGCAACAUGUGAGAACGGCAAGUGGAAAAAAACUGAAGAAUGUCCAGGAAUUCCUUGUGAACUUCCACAAUUGGACCCUAAUCUUCGAAUUUUAGGUUCUGCACCUAAAGAUAAUCAAGUGAAUUCAGGAACUAAAUUAUUAUUUGCCUGCGAUGUUGAAUAUGAUCUGGAGGGCUCUGAUGAAAUUCAGUGUUUAGAAACUGGGAAGUGGGAUGUCCCGUUGCCAACCUGCUCUGAGAAAUGCAAACGACCAGAAGUACCAGAAAAUGUGCGCAUCACUUCUUCUGUACAAGGCAAUGCUCUAAGUAAAGGAGAUAAAUUAUCAUUUGCUUGUAAUCGUGGUACGGACUUCAUGCAAGGAAGUGCAUCAAUUGAGUGUUUGGGAAACGGACAGUGGAGCGACCCCCCGCCACAAUGUGGAGCUCCUAUAGUUUGUUCAGCACCACCACCUCUUGAAGAUGGAGACACCAAAUCAUAUAUUAGAUCAGAUUCUGUGUUUGUACAUGGUGACAAAGUUGAAUACAUCUGUCAGCAAACGUAUACUAUGAGCGGGGAACCAUUUAAAACCUGCAACAACGGAGUAUGGAUAGGAGAGAUGAGAUGCCUCAAACCCUGCACUGUGAACGAGCAGUUAAUGAACACACAUAAUAUUUGGUUUGCCCAUGGUUAUAGCAAUAAGCUAUAUGCGCCACAUAAGGAUCACCUUACAUUUGUUUGUAAACGAGGAACAACACGUGUUGGCAGAGUACCGAUGCGUGUGCAGUGUAAUGAUGGGGAGAUGACCCUGCCCACUUGCCAAUAAAAGUCUUUGGAGAGCUUGAAAUAAAGUUGUAAUCACAAAAAGCUAGUUUGAUAUCAAAAUCUACAAUUUUUAUAUUUGCAAAAGUUGUGAUUAGUUUGGUAACUUUUAAACACUCUAAUUAAUUAAGGGAGUGCUAAUCAAUUGACCUGCUGCGGUCACCCCAGGUUCUUUUCCUGAAUAAUGUGGUGUUUCUAUUGUAGACUUCGGUAGUAAUAAAAAGACUCUUGAAACCAAAA